AAAUGGCGGUUCCCGGCUCACCGAGAGAAAGAAACGGCGACGACUCCAGCAAGAAGCAGCAAGAAAAUGACUCUCAAAGAACUGACGACACCACCAUGCGAAGCGACCUUGUUGAAUUAAAGAACCAAAAAAACCAAGUUGAGUUCUACAGCAUUUAAUUUAUUUCCAUGGCAGAGAAUUCUUCAGGGACCUUUCGAAAACCUCGCGGACAACCAAAGGAAGUUACCGUACCAACAAGAAAAAACCCGUUUUCUGCUGUGUCCCUAAAUCUCCAUUAAUAAAUUCCACAGAAUCUGGUUUCGAAUCGUCGUCUCUUUCUCGAUUAAGAAGUCGUAAUCAGCCUGCAACACAUUCACGACUCAGAUUUCACCUCCACAGGGACCGAAUUACUUGCUCAUUAAGUUUGGAAUUGUGACUGUAGGCUUUCUACCUGCUGGGUCUUGGUCUUCGUCUUCUUCCACGACUUGGGUCCCACCCAUUUGUACGGAUAUUCGCGUGCCCACCCGAAGACCAAGACAUUACUCGCUUACAGAGCACGUAGCGUAGUGUUUGUUUUUCCUUCUUUUACUGUGCUCUGCUUUUUUCUCAAUAUCUGACAUUCUGACCAACGGGAAAAGCUCAUUCUGCUCUGUGGUUGUAUCUUCUUUCCCAUUUCUCUCUGUUUUUUCUUACCUUCGGCGAGCUGGGAGUUGGGUUUAUGAUGCCUGAUGGGGAUACUAAUUCUAUGGCUGCCGAUAGCGACAAUUUUCAACACACUAGUUUGGGGCCUGUUGAGAGUUUUGUGGGUCUGUCUCUGGUGGAUGAUCAAGAACCGGGUCCAAGCUCAAGAGCAUCAGAGAAAGAUCCCAGGAGAAAAGCAAGGAAAUAUCAAUUGGAGCUGUGCAAGAAAGCUUUGGAAGAGAAUAUCAUUCUGUAUCUUGGGACAGGAUGUGGGAAGACACAUAUCGCUGUACUUCUGAUGUACGAGAUGAGGCACUUAAUCAGGAGGUCCCAGAAGGGUAUAUGUGUUUUUCUGGCACCUACAGUUGCUUUAGUACAGCAGCAAGCAAAGGUUAUAGAAGACUCUACAGAUUUCAAGGUCAGGGUCUACUGUGGAGGUUCCAAGUGCUUGAAUAGCCAUUAUGAUUGGGAAAGAGAGAUGGAAGAACAUGAGGUUUUUGUCAUGACCCCUGAAAUAUUACUGCGCACUUUACACCACUGCUAUAUCAAGAUGGAGUUUGUUGAACUUCUAAUAUUUGAUGAAUGCCAUCAUGCUCAAGUCAAAAGUGACCAUUCUUAUGCAGAAAUCAUGAGAGUGUUCUAUAAAACAAAUGUGGCUAAACGACCCCGGAUAUUUGGCAUGACUGCAUCUCCAGUUGUAGGAAAAGGUGCUUGCAAUCAGCAAAAUUUAUCUAAAAGCAUCAAUAGUCUUGAGAAGUUACUUGAUGCAAAGGUUUAUUCAGUUGAAGAUAGGGAAGAACUGGAUGCAUUUGUGUCAUCGCCACUUGUUAAAAUAUAUUAUUAUGGUCCUGUUGCAAAUGGGUUAUCUGGCUCAUUUAUGACUUACUGUAGCCUACUCGAGGACAUGAAACGCCAGUGCAUAGUGGUUCUUGGUCAGAUGAAAGGAGAGCAUGAAGAUCUGCGGGCCACCAAGAAAUUAUUAUGCCGAAUGCAUGAUAAUAUCAUAUUUUGUUUGGAAAACCUUGGUGUUUGGGGGGCAUUGCAGGCUAGUAAAAUUCUUCUAAGUGGAGAUAACUCUGAGCGAAGUGAAUUGAUAGAGGCAGCAGAGGGAAACCCAAAUAAUCACUCCUUAAGUGAUAGAUACCUUAAUCAAGCUGCUGAAAUUCUUGCCAAAGGUUGCAAAAUAGGUGGUGGAAUGUCAGAUACUUUAAAUGCUGAUAUUUUGGAGUAUCCAUUUUUCUCAAAGAAGCUUUUACAACUUAUUGAAAUUCUUUCUUCCUUCAGGCAUCGACUCAACAUGAAAUGUAUUAUUUUUGUAAAUAGAAUAGUUAUAGCACGGUCCUUGUCAUACAUAUUGCAGAACCUCGAGUUUCUGGCAUUUUGGAAGUGUGAUUAUCUUGUAGGAGUCCACUCUAAAUUGAGGAGCAUGUCAAGGAAGACCAUGAACCAUAUUCUUAUGAAGUUCCGGUCAGGGGAGCUAAACCUCUUGGUUGCAACAAAGGUGGGUGAAGAAGGGCUUGAUAUUCAGACUUGCUGCCUCGUGAUACGAUUUGAUCUUCCCGAAACAGUAUCUAGCUUUAUACAAUCAAGAGGUCGAGCACGAAUGCCACAGUCUGAAUAUGCAUUCCUUGUUGAUAGUGGAAAUGAAAAGGAGCUAGGAUUGAUAGACGAAUUUCAGAAAGAUGAGAAUCGGAUGGACAGGGAAAUUUCUUCUCGCUCAUCCAGUGAGAUAUUUAAUAGUCAUGAAGAAAGCAUCUAUAGAGUUGCUUCAACUGGUGCAUCUAUCACUUCUGGACGUAGUAUAUCGUUACUGCAUGAAUUUUGCUCAAAACUUCCACAUGAUGAGUACUUUGAUCCCAAGCCAAAGUUUUUCUAUUAUGAUGAUCUAGCAGGAACUGUAUGUCAUGCUAUUCUGCCCUCCAAUGCUCCAAUACACCAAAUUAUCAGCAGAACACAACCUUCUAGGGAAGGUGCUAAAAAGGAUGCUUGUAUAAAAGCUAUUGAGGAAUUGCAUAAACUUGGUGCUCUCAAUGACUUUCUUUUGCCAAUGAGAGACGACGCCAAUGAAGAAGAAUUGGAACUUGACUCCUCUGAUUCUGACAGAUCUGAAGAUGAGACUUCACGAGGAGAACUUCAUGAGAUGUUAGUUCCUGCUGCUCUAAAAGAUUCUUGGACUGGCUCGGGAUAUUUUAUUCUCAACUGUUACCAAAUUAAAUUCAGUCCACAUCCUAGAGAUAGGAUCUAUAAAGAAUUUGGUUUAUUUGUCAAGGCAGCACUUCCCCAGGAGGCUGAGAGAAUGGACAUUGAGCUUCAUCUUGCACGUGGUAGAUCUGUAAUGGUAAAUUUGGUGCCAUCAGGGGUUGUGGAGCUUUUGGAGGAUGAGAUUACCCAGGCAGAGAGUUUUCAGGAAAUGUUUCUUAAGGUCAUUUUGGACAGAUCAGAAUUUGUUCAGGAGUUUAUUCCUUUGAGGAAUAAUGUCUCUAAAUCUAUUUCAUCAACAUCUUACUUGUUGCUUCCUCUGAUUUUUCAUGAUAAUGAGAGAUCAGUUUCUAUAGAUUGGAAAGUUAUUAGAAGAUGUUUAUUCUCCCCAAUUUUCCAGAUUCCUGGCUCUAUUGUCAAGGAAACUGCUUGCUCGCAUGCCCACUUGACUCUUUAUGAUGGCCGUAGAAGGACAAGUGAUAUCAAGAAUAGUUUAGUGUAUGUCCCGUACAAGCGUGAAUUCUUUUUUGUUACUGACAUUGUGAAAGGGAAGAAUGGAUACAGUCGAAGUCACUAUAAGAACUCAAGCUCUUCAAGUCAUUUUGAGCAUUUAAUUGAAAGGUUUGGCAUUCAUCUUAAAUAUCCUGAGCAGCCUCUUCUUUCUGCAAAACCCCUAUUCCAUUUGCACAACUUGCUACAUGAUAGACGGCAGGGCAAUUCUGAAGCAUGUUAUCUGCAAGAGUAUUUCAUUGAUUUGCCUCCCGAGCUUUGUCAGUUGAAGAUAAUUGGCUUUUCAAAAGAUAUCGGGAGCUCCAUAUCUUUGUUGCCAUCAAUUAUGCAUCGUCUAGAAAACUUGCUUGUUGCUAUUGAAUUGAAGUGUAUGUUAGCAGCUGCUUUUCCAGAUGGAGCCGAGGUUACUGCCAAUAGAAUUCUUGAAGCACUCACCACUGAGAAGUGCCAGGAACGCAUUUCGCUGGAAAGGCUUGAAAUACUUGGUGACGGUUUCCUUAAAUUUGCAGUAGCAAGAUACCUUUUUCUUACACACGACAAGUCUGAUGAAGGAGAACUUACUAGAAGGCGUUCUUAUUUAGUGAAAAAUAUCAAUUUGUUCAAGCUAGCAACUAGAAAGAACUUACAGGUAUACAUACGUGACCAGCCAUUUGAGCCUAGUCAAUUUUAUACACUUGGUCGUCCUUGCCCAAGAAUAUGUAAUGAGGAAACUAGAGAAGAUAUUCAUUCGCACUGUAAUGCAACAAAAAAUGCACAAGCCAGUGAGACCAAGUGCAGUAGAGGCCAUCAUUGGUUACAUAAGAAAACAAUCAGCGACGUGGUUGAAGCUCUGGUUGGGGCGUUCCUAGUUGACAGCGGCUUCAAAGCUGCAAUUUCAUUUCUAAAGUGGAUCGGCAUACAAGUAGAAUUUGAAGCUUCACUAGUUACCAAUGCUCUCAUGUCAAGCAAUGCUUACAUCAUACUUGCAGAUAGAAUAAACAUUUCUGUACUUCAAAACUCAUUAGGCCAUCAAUUUCUCCAUAAAGGCCUGCUGCUGCAGGCACUCGUACAUCCUUCUUACCACAAGCAUGGAGGAGGUUGUUACCAGAGAUUAGAGUUUCUUGGAGAUGCUGUCCUGGAUUACUUGAUCACGUCAUAUCUAUAUUCAGCAUAUCCUAAGCUGAAGCCGGGUCUAUUGACCGAUUUGAGGUCAGUGUUUGUGAGGAAUGAGGCCUUUGCCAAUGUUGCAGUAGAUAGAUCUUUCUACAAGUAUCUGAUUUGUGAUUCUACUAGCCUUCAAAGUGAUAUAAAAAGUUACGUAAACUUCAUCAAAGCACCUUCUUCUGGAAGUGGUUCACUUGGGCUUCCGAGUUGUCCAAAGGCUUUAGGAGAUUUGGUUGAAUCUUGUGUUGGGGCCGUUCUUGUUGAUACAGGGUUCGACAUGAACUAUGUUUGGAAGAUAAUGCUAUCUUUUCUGGAUCCUAUUAUAAGCUUUUCAGGCUUCCAGCUUAGUCCUAUUCGAGACAUAAUAGAAUUUUGUCAAGAUUGUGGCUCGAACCUUCAGUUUAAUGAAUCAAAAACAGGAAAAUAUUAUUCUGUUGAAGCAGACGUAAAAGGAGAUAACUUUCAUGCCACUGCUUCUGCAGCCCAUCGGCGAAAGAGAGAUGCCAAGAAAAUUGCUGCCAACCUCAUACUCACCAAGUUAAAGGCCCAGGGACUCAUACCAGAGGUCAAUUCAUUGGAGGAAAUUUUAAAGUCAAGCAGGAAGAUGGAACCUAAAUUGAUUGGAUAUGAUGAAACACCCUCUGUCACGAUGGAUCAAGCUGAUAAUGGUUUUGGAACAAUAAAGGGGUUGGAAUCUUCCGGUGCAGACUUAGAUCCUUUUGUGCACAGUGAAGUUGGCAAUGCUCAUCCAGCACGCAUUACACGGAUAAGCAAAAUGCUCGUAUCUUCAUCUGGAGCUGCACAAGAACAACUGGAUCCUAGUCUGGCCUUUGAUGGUCAUGAUAGUCCUACAGACGUGCAGUCGUCAUCAGGUCGGUUGUGCAAAGCAACGGCCAGAUCACGUCUGUAUGAAAUCUGUGCUGCAAACCAUUGGAGUCCCCCUUCAUUUGAUUGCAUGAAUGAGGAAGGACCAAGCCAUUUGAAGAUGUUCACUUACAAGGUUGUUUUAGAGAUAGAAGAAGCCCCCGAUACGAUUUUCAAAUUCUUCGGAGCACCUCAUUUGAGGAAGAAGGCUGCGGCUGAGCAUGCAGCCGAAGCAGCUAUUUGGUACUUGAAAAAGGAAGGGUACUUGCCUGAGACAGAUUGAUACAAUAAUGACACUUCUCAAGCUUUCUUUAUGUGAGAACUGAGAGCCAUUCCCUGGGGAUGGCUAAUGUCCAAGUGUUGUAGAACAUAUUAAUAGCCACAGUGAGAUUGUACAUAAAAGUUGUCUAUUGAAUUCUAUAAAUGCAGGGUGAGGAGUUUUGUGUAGUUUUGUAAUUUUUUAAGAUGUAAGUUUUGGUCAACUUUUGGGGUUUUACCCCCAAAUUUGUGAUGUAAUAUGAAACGAUUACCAUUUGCAUUAUGAAAAUGGUCAACAAUGGGUUCAAUUUGCAUUUGACAAAA